GAGUAAUGCCGGGUGAAUGCACGCUGCUGGGUUUGGAAAAAAAAUGAAAAAUGAGCAAGCGAGACCCCCCUUUCGUUUCAUCGUAACCAAGCUGGAAGCAAAUAAAUCGGCUAGGUCCCACUGCAGUCUUCUGCGCUCGAGUGCCAAGAGAGCCUGUUCCUAUCAAUUACUGAAGCCAUAAGGAAAUUUUUUUAAAAAAAUUAAAACUUUACCAUAAUGAGGCUUUCUUCUUAGGAUGCAUUGACUCCUUGGAUCCUUAUAAGUCGUGGAUGUUCCUCUUAAGAAUAAGGCCAUUCCUUCUCCUGCCCUGAUAUAUGCCCAUAAGUUUGGUCAUCUCCAAACACCACCAUCAUCAUUAUCAUACAAUUAAUUGUCAAUUCCUGGAGAAAGAUGCAAGACGAGAAGGAACUUUCAUCUAGAAUAAUUCAGACCUGUGCACUUUGAGGGUAGAGAAGGCCUCACUGCCUCAGUAACAAAUAGCUGGAUUGAAGGACGCAGUGCUUUAAGAAGCCUUUAUACAUAAUAUUUAUGUUAUUUCCUCUUAAAUCAAUGAUGAGAAAGCAAAUCUAAUUAAUUGGUAGUAGCUGCCUGAAGAAGUAUUGAGAAGCAAUUUGAUGCUUUGUACAGGAUGCUUAGGAGGGGAAAAACAAAACGCCAGGACUGUCAGGCAGCCUUUGCUACUGAUAACAGGGUGAGAUUAGGGAGGGAGGUGGAGACACAGGUACUUAGUGUCUGCUGUCUGUUUUAAAUGGUGUCUUCGGUGUUUAUUUGAACCUGAUUUACCUGUAAGGGAAUGGCUCACUCAAUCUUGCUGCCAGGAGAAGAACUUGCUCUAAUUUAAUGCGACCAGUGCAGAAAUUCUUUCCUUAACAGCUUGAAGUGAGAAAUGACCUGUUGCAGCAACUUCUGUUUUUCAAAUGUGAUACUGUAGGAAUUUCAGCUAUUUAUCAAUAUGUUUUAGCACCUCUGUUUCAGAACUAUAGACUCAAAAUGCAGUCUAUAGUCCUAAGCUUUCUAAAUGACAGGACGUAGAUUGGCUACUGAUGAUCAUGUAUAUGUUGUUGUUAAAGUGAUUUUCUAUUGACAGUAUAUGUGCAUCUGCAUCAGUUCAGGCAAAUUCCUUAUGCCUGGACCUUGGGUUCUUUAUCUAUGAAACAAGGAAGCUGGCUUAGGAGGGCUCUGAGGUCUCUUUCAGUUUUCUGAGUUUAUGAUGUGUUUGUAUCAUAAGGCAUAUAGAUACUGGGGCAGUUUUGGAGACAUUGCUUUAUCCUUCAUUGAGCGUAAUACAUAGCAGUAGGGAUUUCAGGGGCCACCUGGCUAGCAGUGUUCGUGUUCAAGGUAAAAUAUAUGUAGAGCAGGGCUUUUCCACCUUGGCAUCACUGGCAUGUUAGGCCUGGAUAAUUCCUUGCUGUGGGGCCUGUCCUGUCCAUUGUAGGAUGUUUAGCAGCAGCACUGCCAUCUGCCCACCAGAGAGCAAUAGCAUCUCCUAGCCCCAGUCACAGCAAUCAAAAGUGUCUCCCGACUUUGCCCCGUGUUCCCUAGAGAGCAAAAUCGUCCCUGGUUGAAAACCGCUGGUCUAGGAGAUGCUAUGUAACCAUAUCAAAAUAACUAAAAGGAUGUGCUCUCUACUCAUGAGGAACUAAAUAAGUUAACAUAUGUGCAAAAAAUAUCAUCUGAGGAUCUUUGAUUUUGCAGAUGAUUAGGAGAAAAAGAAGGAUUUUUGUUUUGCUGACAUUUACUGUGUUUAUCAAAGUCACAUUUAGUUUACUAUAGUCAUAGAUGGAAGAAGGGCAGAAAGGGGAUAGACUAAGAACUGUCAGAUCCUUUCUGGAAUGAGGCAGGGUGCCAGGAAAUAUAUAUAUCAAUAGAUAUAAUUUUAAAUUAAAUAAUUUUAAUUCUUGGUUCUUUCUAAGUAAGGCAUAGGUUAUCCAGAUGUAUUCAUUUUCAUAUCCCCCCAUUCAAAACUCAGAGCUGUGAUUUAAGUGAUAGAUUCUUCUCUGGACAAAGGACAGAAGAAAGCUAUAAACUGAAAUCCAGAUAGCUGUGAAGUCAUCAUCACUCUCCAUACUGUUCUAAGGCUGUUUCCAGUAGGCCUACAAUAAAGUUCCAGACUUCAGCUAUUCUCAAAGUAGAGAUGCCCCUUGCACUGCAGUCUAUAAAGUUUUUGUUCUUGCUUUUCUAUGUAGACUGCAAAUGUAACAUAAUUUUAUCAGGCGAUAUCAUUUAAUAAAUACUACAUGAAAUAUUUACAUUGUCUUUCCAAAGAUAUAAAUUAUAUCUCUCAAAACAUUUUUGAUACAAGUAAAAUAGGGGAUUAGAAGCUAUCUGAAAGAGGAAAUUUCUCUGACAGAUAAAGUGGGGUAACUCCCACUUUAAAGUGUAGAUAAAAGUGAAACAGUCGUUCACGAUUAUCUUUGACAAUGUAUAUUCAUAGUAGGCUAUAGAGAUGAAUCUUCAUUACUUUUUCUCCACUAAAACUGCCAGGUAGCUAUUAAUGUCUGUUUUAGAGACUAGAGACACUGCUAUGUAAGUUUUAUAGUAUGUUACUCCUACUCAGCUGAAGAAAAUGAACAUAAAGAUCUUAAUCAGGGUAUACUUUAAUGCAGUUGUCAGGAUUCUUAACUCUGAGUGCUUAUAACCAGCCAUUUUUAUGCAGAACUGAAAAUAUGUUUUAUGAGACCUGCUUUUGAGUCAGUAUUAGAAGGAUUAUCAAGGCCUUUGAACCAAGAUUAUUAAUUCAUAAUGGUUUCUCUUUGGUUUACCACAUUAACAGUAUAUGUUGUUUUAGUAAAAGGGUGUAUACAGGGAAAAGAUUUGUGCUCUCAAACCUUAAAUCACCAUCCUUGAAAAGUAAUCAUGGUAAAGCUGAAGUUACUUCAAAAAUAAUUCAUUUUGUUCGUAUCUUAGAGUGAAGCUAUGAUAAAAGGAGAAACACAAAAUUUCUUUUCUUAACAGAACAGGCUGCAGAGAAAGUCCAGGAGAGAAUAUCCUUGAAAGCUCUCUAAAAAGAUUACUGCAAGGGAACAUUUCUUUUCAAAUCUGGACUUUUGAAAAGUGAGAGUUGCUGAAUGACAAUGACCAUUCCCUUGUCCUUAUGAAUAAGUUCUUCCUUUGCUUGCACAGGCCUCAGCGCAUUAUCACAUCAUGGGGUGUAUUCCCCUAUAAGCCUUGCAAUUCUCCAGUCCCCACUUCUGUGAACUUUAAAGAGAGAUGUUAAAGGCACGGUCUAUAUGGCCUCUCUAUGUCCUUGCUGACCUGUAUAGAGAAAAACUGUUGCUACAGUUACAAAACACACCUCCCAACGUGAAACAAGAUCGGGGAACGUGACUGUCACUUUAACUCCACCACUGCCAAGUUUCCUCGAUGAAAAACAGAAGACUGAUCGGACAUCAUUUGGAUAUAGCCAAGUGUUGCCACAUCUGCAAACUCCCUGGAAGAGUGAUGGGGAUUCGAGUACUUCGUUUCUCUUUGGUGGUAAUCCUUGUGUUACUGCUGGUAGCUGGGGCUUUGACCGCUUUACUUCCUAAUAUCAAAGAAGACAAGAUGCUCACUUUGCGUAGGGAAAUAAAAUCCCAGGGCAAGUCCACCCAGGAUUCCUUUACUCUCAUAAUGCAGACGUACAACAGAACAGAUCUCUUGUUGAGACUUUUAAAUCAUUAUCAGGCAGUACCAUAUCUGCACAAAGUGAUUGUGGUGUGGAACAAUGUUGGGGAGAAGGGACCAGAUGAGUUAUGGAACUCUCUAGGGCCUCACCCUGUCCCUGUGAUCUUCAAAGUACAGACAACAAACAGGAUGAGAAAUCGACUCCAGGUCUUUCCUGAACUAGAAACCAAUGCGGUGUUAAUGGUAGAUGAUGACAUGCUAAUUAGCACCCAAGACCUUGUUUUUGCUUUCUCCGUGUGGCAGCAAUUUCCUGAUCAAAUUGUAGGAUUUGUUCCAAGAAAGCAUGUGUCUACUUCCUCUGGUGUCUACAGUUACGGAGGUUUUGAACUGCAAACACCAGGGUUUGGAAAUGGUGACCAUUACUCUCUGGUGCUGAUUGGAGCCUCAUUCUUCCAUAGCAAAUACCUUGAACUCUUUCAGAGGCAACCUGCAGCUGUCCAUGCUUUGUUAGAUGAAACGCAAAACUGUGAUGAUAUUGCCAUGAAUUUUAUCAUUGCCAAGCACACUGGGAAGACUUCGGGGGUAUUUGUGAAACCUGUAAACAUAGACAAUUUAGAAAAAGAAACCAAUGGUGGCUAUUCUGGAAUGUGGCACCGAGCUGAGCACUUUCUGCAGAGGUCUUAUUGUAUAAAUAAGCUUGUUAACAUCUAUGACAGCAUGCCCUUAAAAUACUCCAACAUUAUGAUUUCUCAGUUUGGUUUUCCAUAUGCCAACCACAAAAGUAAAAUGUGAAAGUAAAACAAACAAAAACAAACCUCAAAA